AAACACGCCCACUGCUUUUGUUUCCAAUUAGAGAUCACCCACGUGGAGUGUUUAUUUCAUCAACUUUUGUGUGUAAUACAAGAUCAAAGCUGCUACACACAAUCAUGCUAAGUCGCUGGAGCCUCAGAGUGCCGUACAGAUACUGUAGAACUGCUCGACGGGUCCAAUGCAACAGUACAGUGGCCAAUUCGAGACUGGUCGCGGCUCCUAAGAGAGACCACAUACCCAGAACACCCUGUAUCCCUCAGUACAUGGGCACAUGGACUGACAGAAUUAAGGGGCGCUGGCAAUCAGGAGAUCAGACUAAGGAUGACAAUAAAACUGAUGAAGUGAAGUCUGAGGUGACUGCUGAUGGUGGAGACAGUUCUGAGCUGCAACAAGCGCUCAAUGAGAGGGAGGAACAAAUCAAAGCCAGUGAUGAAAAGAUUAAAGACUUGCAGGACAAGUACUUGCGUGCUCUGGCUGAAGCUGAGAACACUCGUACCCGGUUAACAAGACAGGUGGAAGACGCCAAGAAGUACGGGAUACAAGAUUUCUCGAAAGAUGUUGUCGAAGUUGCUGACAUUCUGGAUACAGCAGUAGGCAGUGUGAAGACUGAGGACUUGAAAGAUAACAAACCGCUGGCCAAUUUGUUAGAGGGUCUAAAAAUAACCGAAGCAGAACUACACAAAGUCAUGAAAAAGAACGGGUUACAGAAGAUUGAUCAAGACGGAGUGACCUUUGACCCCAACAUCCACGAGGCUUUGUUCGAGGUUCCGGGCAAGAAGGCGGGCAUGGUUGCCGUGGUUUCCAGGGUCGGCUACAUACUUCAUGGGAGGACAAUCAGACCAGCUAGAGUAGGAGUAGUCAAGGUAACUGACUCUUAGUGGUGUAUUGUGGUCAUAAAUUUGUAUAACUAAAUCUUAAUUAAUGCACACAGAUACACAUGUAUAAUUAUAACACAUAAAUAAUUAAUUCUGACACUAGAA